UUAUUCCUCAUAUAUCAUCACCUUGAUAGCUAGCUCCAACAACUGCAGAUUCCUAAGAUGAACACCUGCAACAACAACAACAACGAAAGCUCUCAUCACGACCAUAUGGAUAUCGAUUUGUCCUUGAAGCUCAACGAAUCUCCUCAAGAUUCCCCGCAGCCUGUCGGAAAAUCAUCAUCAUCACAAGCAAACAAAGGAGAUUCGCCGCCGUCGCCCAAAAAUUCCAAGACAGAAGAAGAGAUAACAGUGCUGCAAUCGGAAAUGAAACGCAUGAAAGAGGAGAACAAGGUGUUGAGGGAGGCAGUGGAGCACACAAUGAAAGAUUUCCUCGAUCUGCAGACCAAACUUGCAAUAUUUGUCCACCAAAACGAUCACAAAAAGGACGCUAGCAAUUUUCUUUGGGUGAAUAAUGGGGAAGAAGAGAAGAUUAGUCAAGAGGUGAACAGGACAUCAUCAUCGUCAUCGCCAACCGCACAGCUGGAACAUGAUAAUAAUAAUAAUAGUUUUAGUGAUACUGAAUUAGGGUUGUCUCUCACGCUGCAAACCGCCGCCGCAGAUGAUCAUGAGAAAGGAAGAGAUCAGAAGAGUCCGGCAUCGCCGCCGCCGUCGAUACACGGUAAUAUUCACCAUGGAAGCAGCAGCUUUGCUGCAGGGCUUAGUGCCAAGAAUAUUCCCCCCAUUUCUCAGCACAACGUCAGAAAACCUAGGGUUUCGGUCCGGGCUCGCUGUGAAUCUGCCACCAUGAAUGAUGGUUGUCAAUGGAGAAAAUAUGGCCAAAAGAUUGCUAAAGGAAAUCCUUGUCCAAGAGCCUAUUAUCGGUGCACGGUAGCUCCGGGAUGCCCUGUAAGGAAGCAGGUUCAAAGAUGCAUAGAAGACAUGUCUAUAUUAAUCACAACCUACGAAGGAACACACAACCAUCCCCUUCCGGUGGGUGCAACCGCCAUGGCAGCAUCAACAGCUUCAACAGCAGCCCCCUUCAUGUUUCUGGAUUCUCCCAACAACAUCGGAAUUAUUCCCCAAAACCAACCGUUUCUCAACGCCCCAAACUACCACCACAACAUCAUCCCAACCCUAGUCAGAAACAUAAACCCUAAUUCCGCCAUGGCAGCUACUUUCCACCAUGAUCCUGCAGCUUCUUCCAAAUUAGGGCUCGUUCUUGACCUCACCAAAGAUGGCGUUUCCUCUUCUGCUAGCUCCUCCUCAACCUCAUUGCCCAAACUGCAGGGACAAAUGGGUCAAUAUUCGUCUUGGAUGAUGCAAAGACUAGCAAGCAAUUUUGAUGGCGGCCAUCUUCAAUCUGGGAACGCCGCAGAGAAUGAUAAACAGAAACUAGUUGAAAAUGUGACCGCCAUUGCCGCUGAUCCUAAGUUUAGGAAUGCUGUCGCCGCUGCCAUUUCAUCAUUCAUUAAUAAAGAUAAGCCGCCAUCCUAGUUAACUAAUAUCUAGCAGAUGAUUAAGUUAGCAUUAUCGAUGUCUUUUGUACCGGGUACAAUUAUGUAUGCUUUUAAGGU